CAAAAUGGUGUGGGUGUGCUCCGCGUUGAAGUUUCCUCGGCGGACUAAACUCCACACAUUCUGGCGAUGAUUUCUUCAAACUCGCUACCCAUAUAUGAACCAAGCACCGAGUCAGAGGCUGCCUAAAUGGCGCCUUCGCUCAGCAAAGAAGAAUUAAUGAGGAACUCUGACCCUUUGGUCUGGGACUUUGAAGCGUCUAGCAGUCCGAGUGAAAACACACAAAGGACCUGUGAACGUGUGUGGACUGCCUUAAAUAGUCGUCUCUGCAAUGCUUUUAUUAUUGUGCUCUCCGUGGCGACAGGACUUGCCAUACUCCUGAAGUUACUAACAGACGUUCAGUUUGCACAGGAUGCUGAAAUCCAGCUAAUGUUACAAAACUGCUCACUCAAUCUGAGCACGGGGGGAUCCCACAGUGCCUACCUGACAGUUGCAAAACUCGAAGCAUUCGUGGCUCUUCUUAGCUCAUUAACCUUGGCCGUGCUGAGCCUCUUUCUGGCUGAGGUGUUGCUGAGGGCAGUUGCUGGAAAAGCUAGAUUUUUUAUGCAAGGUCCAGAGGUGCUGGAUGCAGUUGUGGUGGUUGUGGCAUUUGGCCUCAAUGUGGCCUCACGGGUCUCGCCGGACAAAGGCAGGCAAGCCGGUGCUCUCGUCAUCUUGCUGCGAGUCUGGAGAAUACACAGGGUUCUCGACAGUUUAGUGGAUGUGGAGCGCACCCGCCUAAACUAUGUCCUGAGUGAACAAGAACGAGAGCGCACCCUGGCCCAGAAUAAGGGCGAGCUGCUCAUCCUCCGAGUAGAAGACCUUGAGCAUGAAGUGGCCUACCUGAAAGAAAAGCUGAAGAAGACUGAAAAGGAGCAGGGGCGGCGGCAGCGGCGGCAACAGCGGGAUUCGGGUUCUUCCUCUUCUUCAUCGGGCGUUUGCUGUCGACAUCCAGUCACCAUAGGAGUGGAAACCUGUCCUGUCAUCAGGGCCUGCAAGGAAACGCAGACUGAUGCACCAGUUCAGCUGUGUGAAGUUGCGGUUGGUCACCACAUUAAACAAGCAGGCCUGGAAGCUUUUGCCUCGAGUCUUUCGUGGGGUCUGCUUUGGGAUGCCCUGUCUGUCCGGCAUAACAGGCCGCCUGAACGGCUGACCCUUCGUGAGCCGCCAAAAGCUCCUCCUGAGCUGCCGAAACAGCCAAUUCGAGCGUGCUCAAAUCAAUCUGUGAGUCUCGCGGAAGGUAGUCCUGCAGCUGUCGCGCACCGCCGUGCCAGCCACACAGUCCUCUUCAGCAGCCUGGAUCGCUUCAGUGAGUCUGAGCACACUGAAAGUCCCGAGAGUGGCUAUGGAUCUGGCUGCAGGUCGGCCACCUCCUUAGGCAGUUCUGCCAUGAGCCGGCCCCUGAGCAGCCGAUCAGCCAGCGUGUUUUUGUUUCCCGAUGCCGAUGGGCAGCCUACCCUCGAGAUGAGCACAUUGGACGAGGUUCUGGAAGCCGAACCUCAAGUACCGGUGCACUUGGAAAAUCUCAAUGAUGUGAGUGUGCAGUGGGAUUGUGUGGUUGCUAGACCUGUUAUAGAACUUGGUGGUUAUAUAUUAUAG